AUGCUGCGACAGGCUGCGUCUUGCCGGGCGCUGGUGCAGGCCUGCAGGCUGCUCGGGCCAGGCGUGCCCGAGGGGGUGCCGGCGUUGCAGGCUGCCGGGUUUCUGCCAGCUGCGGCCCCAGCCACCCAACUCCCUGUGUCCCGGGCCUUCAUCGGGCUCCCCAGCCCUUUCGAGACUGGCGAGUCCAAGAAGUUCCACGAGCAGAAGGUCCUACCGUACACGCCGGAGGAGAUCUACGACGUCGUCGCCGCGGUGGAGCACUACCACGAGUUUGUGCCCUGGUGCGUGCGCUCAGUGAUCACCGCCCGCAGACCGCCCAACUACCUGGAGGCCGAGCUGGAGGUCGGCUUCCAGAUGUUCACAGAACGCUACAUCUCUAGAGUCACGCUGCACCCCGGCCAGGCCAUCAGCUCCAGCGUGGGGGACAGCACCCUCUUCCGCUACCUGAACAAUGAGUGGCGCUUCGCGCCGGGCCCGCACCCCGGCAGCUCCCGCCUCGACUUCUCCGUCGACUUUGCGUUCAAGUCCGCCCUCUACCGCCACCUGGCCAACGUCUUCUUCGCCGAGCGGCACGGGUGGUGA